AUGGAUGAAAAUUGUAAUGUAUUAAGUGAAUACAGUGAAAAACCAAGUAGUAAUAUAAUUGAUUUAUUUAAAGAAUAUAGUAAAAGUAAAAAAGAUAAUAUGGAGGUUCAUUCGAGACUUAAAAAAAUAAAAUGUACUAAACUAAUGGCCUUUGAUGCUAACGGUUUGUACGAUUCCGCCAUGUCGGAUUUAGAUAGCGAAUAUCCGAGAGCGGAAAGUGGUAGACCAUUUCUACAAGAAGAAAAUAAAGAAUUUGUUAAGCUCUUUAAUGAGCAGAAAUUCAGACCUAGAACGGCUAUUUUAAAAGUCUGGAUUGAAUAUCCUACCAGAUGUUCUUCCAACCCAUACCAGCUAAAGAUAAAAUUACUUUUACGAACAAAGAAGAGAAAAGCACCGGACGAUGAAGGAAUCAUGUAUCCUUAUAGUGAUAAAGAUGACUUGAGUUUGGAUGAAAACUACGAAUUUGAUGAUUUCGAUUACCUUACUAUUCAAGAAGAGAAUGAAGAGUGUUAA